UUCGAAAUGGAUCGCGUCCUCCAGCUAUCUGAGCCGUCCAUGGUGACAUUUGAGUGUAGAUCGUCUUUGUGGUCUGGUUGUGUCUUUUUGUGUCUUUUUGUGAUACAGGUACCAUUCUACUGGAAAGGCUUCUCUUUAAAAGACCUGCUUCCCCCAAUCUUACUCGUCUGCCCGGGUGGGCAAUCAUCUGACAGCAGUGGCAAGUGAGGGAGCCCGCAUCGUGACUGGACCGCGAUCAGUGACGUAGCUCACCAGCCCGCCUUCCCCCGCCAUUGUCUGCCCUUGCAAACAUCUUGACUGCCCUGGUCGUCCACUCAUCUGGCUCUCCUAGCCCAUGUACCUUUGGGCUGCAACACUACAGUCUCGUUUUCGUUACAUAUUCUCAAUCUUUUCGAAAACUCUCACCACCCUACGACUUGCCGUACUUGUUUACCUCGUGCCCUAGAGACGAGGCAGCCGCAACCCGCUAUGUCUGGGCAAACGCCCAAUCCCAUGGCUCCCCGCAGGGAUGGCGCCGACACGCUCGACGUUGACCUCGGGGCCGACAAGGAGGCGCCCCCUGCGUACGGCGCCCACCUUGACCAACUGCAACUGAGCCAGGCUGGCUUCGAGGCCGGCGCCACCGUCACCAGCGAUGGCCGCGUCGACAUCAACAUCCACCAGACCAGCGGCAGGUUCAGGGACCUGCUAGCCCCGGCCCUGCGGUCCCAGGUCUUCCCGCGGGAGAAGGCCUCGGACCUCCCGCCGUCCUACGUGCCCCCGAGCCUGGGCGGCCAGCCCGGCCAGGUGCCGCCGCCGCGGCUCAACGUGGUGGUGCAGAUCGUGGGCUCGCGCGGCGACGUGCAGCCCUUUGUGGCCCUGGGCAAGACCCUCAAGGACACGUACGGCCACCGCGUCCGCAUCGCCACCCACGCCACCUUCCAGUCCUUCGUCGAGGAGAACGGGCUCGAGUUCUUCAGCAUCGGCGGCGACCCGGCCGAGCUCAUGGCCUUCAUGGUCAAGCACCCGGGCCUGAUGCCCGGCUUCGACGCCCUCAAGGAAGGCGAGGUCUCGAAGCGCCGCAAGGGCAUCGAGGAGAUCCUCAUUGGCUGCUGGCGCUCCUGCGUCGAGGCCGGAGACGGCUCCGGGCCCGCCCCGCCCACCCACCGGCCCAACGAGCCCCUGGACGACCGCUACGCCUUUUCCGGGGGUCCGCACCGGCCCUUUGUCGCCGACGUCAUCAUCGCGAACCCCCCGAGCUUUGCCCACAUCCACUUGGCCGAGAAGCUGGGCAUCCCACUGCACAUGAUGUUUACCAUGCCAUGGACCCCCACAAAGGCGUUCCCCCACCCGCUGGCCAACAUCCAGUCCACCAACACCGACGAGGUCAUGACAAACUAUGUCUCGUAUGCCCUCGUCGAGAUGAUGACCUGGCAGGGACUCGGCGACGUUAUCAACCGCUUCAGGGCCAGUGUGCUGGAUCUGGAUCCCCUCUCGCUCAUCUGGGCCCCAGGCCUUCUCGCGAGACUCCAGAUUCCGACAACUUACUGCUGGUCUCCGGCUCUGAUACCCAAGCCGAACGACUGGAACCACAAGGUGUCCAUUGCCGGCUUCUACUUUCUCAACCUCGCUUCCUCGUAUACCCCAGACCCAGGCCUGGCCGCGUUUCUUGCUGCUGGCCCACCCCCUGUCUACAUCGGAUUUGGCUCCAUUGUUGUCGACGAUCCAAAUGCCCUGACUAGGAUGAUUUUCGAUGCGGUUUCCAAGACUGGUGUGAGGGCUCUUGUAUCCAAGGGCUGGGGAGGCAUUGGAGCCGAGUCGGUCGGGAUCCCAGAUGGAGUCUUCAUGCUGGGUAACUGCCCCCACGACUGGCUGUUUCAGCAUGUCUCCUGUGUGGUUCACCACGGCGGCGCGGGGACUACGGCCGCGGGAAUCAAGCUAGGAAAGCCAACAGUCGUGGUGCCCUUCUUUGGCGACCAGCCCUUCUGGGGAUCCAUGAUAGCACGGGCAGGGGCGGGUCCCGAACCUGUCCCUUACAAGCAAUUGACGGCCGAUACGCUGGCUGCUGCCAUCCAAGAGGCGCUGAAGCCGACCACGCUCACCAGAGCCGAGGAGCUGGGUGCCAAGAUCCGGGAGGAGCAAGGAACAGACCUCGGAGGCAAAAGUUUCCACGAUUUUCUCGAUACCGAUGGCCUUCGGUGCUCUCUGGUUCCUAGCAGAGUCGCAGUCUGGAGGGUUAGGCGCUCACAGAUCAAGCUGUCUGCUCUGGCCGCAGCCGUCUUACUUCGGGAGGGUGUCAUCAGCCAGCCCGACCUCAAACUAUACCGCCCCAAGGAAUAUAUAACAGAUGGGCAACCAUGGGACCCGAUAUCGGCCGUUACUGCAGCACUCUUGGGUGAUGUUGGCAGUAUUGCUAUGGCUGUCGCCGAUCUUCCUCGAGAGCUAUUUAGGAGCGCCAAAAAGGCCACAAGCGGGAUUGCCACUCCAUCUACACCCGGCAAUUCCAAGACACAGUCGUCCAGGUCCGGUUCACUGGCCGAUGUAGCUUCAGCCACAGCGACCUCGGACGCGUCCAGCGCAGUCUCCGUUCCAACACCGACUACGACAACCGGUACAGCGGACGCCCAAAGCGAGAAGCAGCCCAUCUCGAAGGCCUCGAGUGGGUUGUCGGCUGUAGCCUCGGCUCAGGGGAGCACCACCAGCCUACCAAAAACUGCCGAGUCCCCGAGCCAAAAUCAACCCUUGUCGCCUCGUGUGACGCUCAGCACCGCUAUGGAUACCAGCAAAGGCGUGGCACGAAUAGUCGAAACGGGCAUGAAGACUCCCAUGAACUUCUGCAUGGGCCUGGCUCGCGGCUUCAGGAACACGCCGCUGCUCUACAAUGACGAGACAGUGCGCCCUCAAGAACGAGUCACGGACCUCAGCUCCGGGCUGAAGAUUGCUGGCAAAGAGUUUGGAUUUGGGCUCUACGAUGGCAUAUCCGGCUUGAUCAUGCAGCCACUGAAGGGGGCUCAGAAGGAGGGCGCCGUCGGGGCCGUCAAGGGCUUUGGCAAGGGCAUUGGUGGCUUAAUCCUGAAGCCGGCCGCGGGCGCCUGGUCGAUACCGGCAUACGCCAUGCAGGGCGUCAAUGCCGAGUUUCGCAACCGCUUCAGUAAGAGCUGGCAGAACUACAUCAUUACGUCAAGGCUUGCCCAGGGCAAGGAGGAUCUUGAGCGCUCCUCGCGCCAGGAGCAGGAUGACAUCACUCUGCGUUGGAUGUCGAAAGAGUCGGACCUGAAGGGGUUUUACCAGCUCAAAAAUAAAUCCAAGGAGUCUCAGGAGGGAUACCGCUCACCACCAGUCUCGCCUCUGCCCUCACCCGGGCCUUCAACCGCCACGAGAUCUUUUGGUCAGUCUUUUGCGGCACCCUCGCUGGCGGCUGCUGCUGCCGGCCCAUCGACGGCAGCCGGCGGAGGACCGCCGUCGUCGCGCGAAGCUCCCAAGACGGGAUUUCGGCAUACAUGGAACCUUUCGUUUGGUCAACGCAAGCAGCUACAUGCCGAGAGAGAUGCCUGGACUGCGAAGCAGACGGGGGCAGGUGCCGGAGGAGUCCCGGUUCCGGAGGUGGCUCACAGUGACGAGAUGGAGCGCGCCAUACGAGAGUCGGUGCAGCAGACCUCCAAGGGCAAUGCCGAGGAGGAUGCCCAGAUCGAACAGGCAAUACGGGCUAGUGUGGACGAGUUGCGUCUGAGAGCUGCGGCAGCCGACGACAGUCGGAACUAUGGAUCCAAAGAAAUGCCCUCGUCUGCUGCUGCCAGCUCCCCUCCCACGUACGAUAUCACGGACGAAGAGUACCAGGCUCUCAUCGAGGAAGCCGUUAAGCAGAGCUUGCAAGCACCUGCAUCAUUCGACCCAGAUCACAAAUUCCCUGCACCGAGCGCAAACGUCGGCGGUGGCGACGAUGAGGAGGGGCUCAGGAGGGCGCUCAAGGAGUCGUUGGCUGUUGGAGAGUCCAGACCGAACGAAGGGGGUGACGAGUCAUUCAGGCGAGCUUUGCAGGAAUCAGAAAGCGCACAUCAGGAGAAGCAACGCAUGGAGGCCGCGGCGAUGAACGAGGAGGAGGUUGUGCUCGCCUAUGUCAAAAGGCAGAGCCUCGCCGAGGAGGAAUUCCGGAGACUGAAGGCCAAGGGCAAACGAACCGAGGGGGCAGAAGACGAGCAGGACGAGGAUUUGAGGCGAGCCAUGGAGGAGAGCCUCAAAUCGAGCCCCGGAAGGGCUGGUGGGCCGGCAUAGACGAUCUGGGGGGUGUGCAACUGGGCCUCGUACGAAGAGAAUGGUUGUCAAGGGAGUUAUCCAGGCGAGUAAGAUGCCAUCCGUCCUGAUUUUAUCCACAGUGGGCGAACAACAGCCGAAUACAUGUUCCGAUUACUUUGUGAGAGAGGAAGGAGACGUUGACAGAUGCCACAAAAAGCAUAUGCGUGCAUUGGUUCAUGCGCCGAGGGAAGGCUAGGCUGGCGACUACAACUGCCAUGGUGACGUGGGUGCAGCGCAGUCAAAAUCCUCCAUGCCCUGCCGAACGCGAAUCCAGCGAGUCUGACAUAUCGAUGAACCCCUGCACGCAUCGCCGGGCCGAGGGAAUCGAGAUACAGAGCAAGCAGCAGUCGAGCUGUAUUUGGCCGGACGCUGGACAUCAGACGAGCUGACGACCACACCGCCUUGGUGGGGAGGAACAACCACUGACUUUGCAGCCGCCGGAUCAAUCCAAGGAAAACCUUGGGCUGCAGGUUGGGUGGGUGGCUCGAGCAUGGCCCGGCGCAUGGCCCGAGGCACGUCGAGAUGUCGUGAGCGUGGUGGCUCCGGCGCAGCCGACGAGGGUACGCGGCUGCUGUGAUGUGUGUGUUGUAUUUGCGUGCGAGUGAGUGCCAUGCGUGUGUUGGUUGGUUGGUUGGCACGUUGGGUGUCGUAUCAACGUUGAGCCCCUUUUUUACCAUUUUCACCACAUCACUCACGGCAACAGCCCAGUGAGGACUUGACUAUAGAGUCCACUAUUCCCAAGCAGCAAUCACAUACACCCACCGCUUCGUCUGACUAUCCCCGCCCAGCCCUGCAGAGCGCUGGCAUCCUGACUAUGCAGAGAUUCUUUCGACUGUUCUCUGCCCCCGC